AUGGGUGAACUGGAGGCUGAGAGCGAUACGUUGGAGCAUUUUGUAGCCUCGGGACGAGCCGGCCGACGGGACGCACUUCCUCAAAUUGAUCUGGAAAUUAACGAUCCAGGUGCUGCUAAACUUGCUGAACGACUAUCGGAUUUAUCAGCACGAUGUGAUGAUCAUGAAGAAUCACAUCAUCGUGAUGAUCCCAAUGGAGCUGGACCAUCUAAUAAUGGUUCUUAG